AUGCCUUCCGCGAUCCUAUCUUCCCCUCCCUCGAUUGCGAUGUCGACCCCGGUCGACCUCUCCCACCACUUGUCUACUGAAGCGCGUAGACGCAAGCCAAACCCCAUGAAGGCUAUUUGGAAGCUUACUCGGGGACGCCCAAACAUGGUAUCCCUCGCAAAUGGUGACCCCCACUACUCACUCUACCCCAUCCGUAAAAUCGAGUACGAGGUCGCGUCUGUGAAGGAGGAAGACCCUGUUGGCUCAUGGCGACAGGGUCUCGGCUCGCCCUCCCUCACCAUCACCUCCUCAACAUCUAAAUCUUGCGUCGUCCCUCUUCAGGCCGGUCUCGCAUACACCCACGGCGCCGGCCUUCCCGAAGCGCAACGUGUUGUUACUGAGAUCACCAACUUCUACCACAACGCACCCGACCACGUCUGCACGCUCACGCUCGGCAACUCUGACGGCAUCGCGAAGAUCUUUCGCCUCCUCGGCGAGCCCGGCGACACCUUCCUCGCGGACGAGUUCGCAUUUUCAUCCGUGACCAACACCCCGCUCGCCCACGGCGUCUCCUGGGCCGGCAUCCGCAUGGACGAAGGCGGGCUCAUCCCCUCCGAGCUCGAGCGCGUCCUCGCCACCUGGGACCCCGCGCGCGGCCGGCGCCCCCACGUGCUCUACCUCGUCCCCUGCGGCCAGAACCCGACCGGGUCGACGCUCUCGCUCGCGCGCAGGACGGCGAUCUACGCGAUCGCGCAGCGCUUCGACCUGCUCAUCGUCGAGGACGACCCGUACUACUUCCUCCAGUACGACGACGCCCCCGGGCCGCGCCCGACGCGCCCGUCCGCUUCGCGCGCUCGCUGCUCAGCAUGGACACCGACGGCCGCGUCCUCCGCGUCGACUCCUUCUCUAAGGUCCUCGCGCCCGGCACGCGCCUCGGCUGGGUCUCCUCCGCGCCCGCUUCGCCGACGCGCUCCUCGCGCUCACCGACGCCUCCACGAUGCACCCGCACGGCUUCGGCCAGAUGCUCCUCGCCGAGCUCCUCGGCCGCCCGGAGAUCGCGGCGGCUGGGGCGUCCGCGGCUUCGACCGCUGGGUGCGCUCGCUCGGCGCCGAGUACCGCCGCCGGCGCGCCGUCUUCCUCGCCGCGUUCGCGCGCGAGGUCGCGCCCGGCGGCUGGGCGAGCGCGGGCCCGCCCGAGGCGGGCAUGUUCGUCUGGAUCCGCGUGCACGUCGCGCGCCACCCGCGGUUCGAGCUCUUCGAGCGCUGCCUCGACGGCGGGCUCGUGGUCAUGCCCGCGUCGGUGUUCGCGGUCCCGGAGGACCCGAAGUGGGACAGCGUAGAGGACCCAAUCGAGGACCGGGUGAACUACGUGCGGGCGACGUUUGCGGGCACGGAGGAGGCGAUGGAGCAGGGCCUCGCCAUUCUCGGCCGGGUAUUGCAGGAGUUCUUCGUCCCGGAGGAGCAGUGA